CCUCAUCAGUGGAGCAAAGCUCACUAUCUUCAAAUCAGCCUCUCCUGGUUUACUUCAACAGCUGCAGCCAUGAAUGUAGGCAUCUGUGUUUGUGUUAUCCUGGCUGCUUUGUCCAGUGGUUCCCUGAGUCUGCCUUCACAAUCAAUUACAGCUGAAAGUACGGCUCUUCUCUCAGGCAGCGGAUCUCUCCCUUCUCCCAGCCUGAAACGGCAUGCUCGCUCCGCUCCAGCGCCCCUCUCAGGGCAUCUUAUCAACUACAGCCAGCGCCAAGAGGACGCAGACACUCCAGACAGCCUGAACCAGCUUCUGGCCAGACUCAUCUCUAGGAAAGGCUCUGCCUACCACACCAGAUCCUCCCUCAGCAGCAGAGCCAGUGGUCUCCCCCCCAACCACAGGAUAAAGGACAGAGAUUAUCUCGGCUGGAUGGACUUCGGACGACGUAGUGCAGAGGAGUACGAAUACUAGUCCUGAAGGCACGGCUUUGUUUCUUCGAACGCUGAGCCCAAAACCUCCAACAUCACCAGUUAAAGUUUUUGUUUUUAAAAAUCUGGAGCCCUUUUCACACUGCACUCUCAGCCCACCAGAGCUGACUUAGUGAGAAGUAUAUCUCAGCACAUAUCCUUCAAUCUACGAACCACAAACUUCAAUCCAAAACUUACGGCAGACAUUAUUGUAUAUUUGUGUUACUGUUAAGACCAAAGCCAGCAAUGCUUGUCCAUCCCGCAGUGCUUUCUUAGUCCCUCAUUCUCUCUGUGGUUUGGAUGGUAAUCACUAAAAAUGAGUCACAAAAAAAGUUUUUUCAUGGAAAAAGGUGUUUUGAUUUCUUAAAAUAUGGGGUCAUUGUAAUUUUCUAACCAGCAUAGAGUUUUUAAUUUGUUUGGGAGUACUUUAAGAGUUGGAUAAAUCUAAAUUAAUUAAAAAACAAACAAACAAUCUUACAACUGUGAUAAAGUUACAUGAGUAGCUCACGAUCUGCUAAUACUAUUAGGCAUUGGUUACACAGCAGAUGCUUGUUAGCAUAAAUUCAUUGUUUGUUAAGUUGUUUUUGACAAAUGCAAUGUUAGCCUUUUGGUGUGAAGAAACAGUAGGUCUGGUAUAACAAUGGGAAAUGCCACAUUUCCGUUUCAGUGGAUAUACAGAGCUUAACAAAGAAAACACAAAUAUUUUAGCAAUGAGUCAAAACUUGUUUAAAACUAAAAAUGAUCAUUUAUCAUUUAGUAUGGAAUAAAUAAAGUGAAGUCAUGUUUAUACGGCUAAAUUUAAGCCAGUCCUCUGAGAACUGCACUAAAAACAUCAUUUCGAUUAGUAUGCUGCUGUAACCUAUUACAGAAACAUUAAAAAUGAUUUUGGCAAUUACCAGUAUUGUUAAUUUAGGGCUUCUGUGACGUUAAACUUACACUGGGUGGAGAUCUAAUUAAUUUGUUAAGCAAUGUAAAUCCAACAACUUCAACUGUUAAAAGGCAAAAAAAAUUACAAAAAGCUGUUAAAUAUAACAGCCUUUAAAUAUAUUUCCAGUGAGAAAAAUCAGUGUCUUAGGAUUUAGACAUUCGUAUUUUAAAGUACUGUUAAAAUGUUUAAUUUUACUGACCGUUACUGUAUGAAUGUAUCUGUAGACUUUAAUGUGCCCUUAAGGUGUCCUCGGCAAACUAAUCUUCCUAAAAUUACACAAUAAGAAAACAAAAACUACACAACAAUAAAAAGCAUGUUGUGUCAUCUCACACCAUGCUCAACACUGAAUGUGACACAUCAUUCAAAAAUCUUUGAUCGUGCUAGAAACUGGAAGAAUUGGUUGAAAAGUGGUUAACAUGGCAGGCUGCUGCAGUAAAAACUGGGAUUAAAGUGUGCAGUGUGAAAAGGGCAAAACAGGUUUUGACAAGCACAAAGUGUUGUCUGUUUGAUGCCUGGGAGUCUCCCUGACUUUGCAUAAUGGACUUCAGUGGCAGACACAAUAACAUCAGGAUGCUGCAGAUAUUAAAUCUACAGAUUAGAAAUGUUUUCUUUACUUUUCUUCUCUUUUUUUUGAAAGACCUUUAUUAUAUAUAAAGGUUAACUCUCUGUAUUAAAUCAUUUGUUUCUACAGAUUCAGUGAAACUCCAAAUAAAGCUUUGUUUUCCUCCAAUGUCAGCAAGAAAUUCAAACGCUUUCUUUUCAGUCUCAUGAUGUUAUGGUUUCAGGGCACAGGUGGUGGGGCAGUUCUCUAUAUAGUGUUAGAUUUGAUCACUGCAGAAGAGAAAGAAUGGAUUUCUCUUUUUUUUAACAAACAUUUGGUGCAACCCAGUGUGGGAUUUCAGCAAAUGAAAGCCAAAACAUUUUCAUUUGUGCCCACUAUAAGUAAAAUAACCUUCCUGGGAUUAGCAUUGGGACAAAGGAGCUGGUAGCUAGAAAAGGUUAUAAUUUAAAUCAGACUUAAGUCUCAAAGAGCUCAUUUUGCCUUUAAAAGUGUUUGUGUUCGUGCCUGGGGAUUAAUUCAAAUGGAUUAUGUUAAUGAUCUGUUACUCCUAACGCAAUGAAGUUAGGAUGAGUACUGUGAAUAAAAUAAAAAGCCCUAAAAUAAUAAAAACAAAUCUCCUGGUGAAAUGAACUAAAUGCUGA